CAGUGCCCCCUCCUGGAAGAAGGCAGCAGCAUCUCCCAGGACUUGUUUCCCAAAUUCCAGGGUGGUGACGGCGGCAUGUGCGAGGGCCCGUCCAGCAUCUCGGGGCCCAUACCCCCAGACCCUACUCUCUGCCGUGACUACUAUCGGAGGCCAGCCUCGGCUCAAGGGCGGCUUGAGGGAAACGGGCUGAAGCUGAACCUGCUGACUUCGGACAGCGACCUACAAGCCACCCCUCCUCGUGGACCCCGCAUCAGGCCCGGAGGCCGAGAGAUCCUGGAGCGUGGCCAGCGUGGCGUGGGGGACGUGCUGCUGCAACUAGGGGGCAUCACCCUCAGUCCAGGGAUCUCUCCCAAGAGGAAGGACCCUAAAGACCAUGAGAAGGAAAACCUGAGGCGGAUCAAAGAGAUCCAGAGAAGGUUCCGAGAGCAGGAGCAUAGCCGGGAGCAGGGCCAACCCAGGCCCCUGAAGGCACUGUGGCGCUCACCCAAGUAUGACAAGGUGGAGUCCCGAGUCAAGAUCCAGAUGCAGGAGCCUGGCCCUACCUCUGUAACAGAGCCUACCCACUUCCUGAGGGCACACUCUCGCUGUGGCCCUGGGCUCCCACCACCCCGUGUCCCCAGUCCCCAGCUCACCCCACCAGGUUCCAAAUCUAAGGGGCCAAGUCUGGGUGUAGAUUUCAUUAGCCACAAUGCCCGAGCUGCCAAGAGGGCCCCCCGGCGCCAUUCCCGCUCACUGCAGGUCCUGGCACAGGUUCUAGAACAGCAGCGACAAGCCCAAGAACACUACAACACCACGCAGAAGGGCCAUGUGCCCCAGUACUUAUUAGAGCGCAGGGAUCUGUGGCGGCGGGAGGCCGAGGCCCGUCAGCAUAACCAGCCAGACCCUGCCAUGCCCCCUGGCCAUACUCGCAUGCCUGAGAACCAGAGGCUGGAGACACUGAACAAUCUGCUCCAGAGCCAGAGUCAGCUACUUCGUGAGCUGGUACUACUGCCUGCUGGAGCAGACUCGCUGAGAGCCCAGGGCUACCGUGCUGAGCUGGACCGGAAGCUGGUGCAAGUAGAAGAAGCCAUCAAGAUUUUUUCCCGACCCAAAGUCUUCAUAAAAAUGGAUGCAUGAGCCCUUUGUAGAGACAGUGGCAGGGAGAUCCAUGCUGAUGAUUACCUCAUGGCUGCAAAGAGCAGGAUCAGGUUUGCCAUUGACCAGAGGCCCCAAGACAGGAGCAGUGGGCCAGCAGUACCCCCAGAGCACACUUCCCGUUACCAGUGGUUGU